GAGGAAUCCAAGAGAAGAAACCGGAUGUGUAUGAGGCUGAGCAGCAUAAAGUCAGGAGCCUGACACGGCGUGUGUGUGUGAAUGGGUUUAGUAUAGAUGCAUUGUGUGUAUGUGGGAGGAGUGUGUGUGUGAGAGAGAAGGGGGACGCUGCUGCUGGUGCUGCUGCUGGGAACUUGUCAGAAGUAGCAGGAAGAAAUGAAGUGCAAUGUUCCAAUGUUCUCCGCAUUACGAAUGAUGAAUUCUCCUCUAGGGCUGUAAUAAGGCAGCGGAGUGCGGGCAGCGCCUGCAGCGUGUCACCUGCUGCACCGACACUUCCACCAUGUGUGUGACGGGAGGCACAGGUACGUGGACAGCCGGCCACUGGGAGGUGUGUUUGGGUGGAGACCAGUGAACGGCUCCAGGCUGCUCUCCGUUCCAGGAUGGGAUACAGGCAGAGUACUGGGACAGCAGAUCACUCUGACAGCGGCAGCAUCUUCAUCAUGGGGACCGUUGGCAAGAAGAAAGGGAUCCACAGACCGGCUCAUGGCUGUACCACUCUCCCCAGACUUGCCUUGGAGUUAAAACAAAUCAUCCACUGCACCUCUCACCCCAAACUCCCCCAGGUUACUCCCAUACGGAUGAUGAUGCCUCUGGGACAGCUGAUUAAAGGAGCCACCUUGGAAGAACUCAUACAGAUGUGCAUUCAAACUUUUGAUUCUGAUGGGAAUGUUUGUCAGAGCAGCGAGCUAGUGCAGAUUAUGCUGACCAUGCAUGGGUUCCUGAUUCCCUCGGCGGACCUGCUGAACAAGCUCAGGAAACUAUAUGAGGAGUCUCUGCAGAAGCACUCUUCAAUGUUCUGCCUUAAGAUCUGCUACUUUGUAAGGUACUGGAUCACAGAACUCUGGACUAUGUUCAAGGUGGACUCGCGUCUCACUCAGACCAUGGAGGAGUUCCAGGAGAUGGUGCAAGCGCAAGGGGAGGAGUCACACUGGCGUCUCCUUGACACUGCUCAGAUUAACUCUCGGGAGUGGUCUCGCAAACUGACACAGAGAAUAAAACCCAACUGCAGUAAAAAAAGGAAAGUGUCGCUUCUGUUUGACCACCUGGAGCCACAGGAACUAGCGGAACACCUGACUUACCUAGAAUUCAAAUCAUUCCGCAGAAUUUCUUUUUGUGACUACCAGAACUACAUUGUGAAUGGUUGUUUAAAAGAUAACCCCACUAUGGAACGUUCAAUCACCCUCUGCAAUGGAGUUUCUCAGUGGGUCCAGCUGAUGGUUCUGAGCCGUCCGACUCCACAGCUCCGAGCGGAAGUUCUGACCAAGUUCAUUCAUGUGGCUCAGAAACUUCAGCAGCUGCAGAACUUCAAUACACUAAUGGCGAUUAUUGGAGGUCUCUGUCACAGCGCUAUUUCCAGACUCAAGGAUACCAGUUCCCAUGUGUCUCAUGAUGUCCACAAAGUCCUUAAUGAGAUGACGGACCUCCUAUCCUCCUGCAGGAACUAUGAUAAUUACCGUAGAGUAUACAAUGAGUGCAGCAACUUCAAGAUUCCCAUUCUUGGGGUGCACCUGAAAGAUCUGAUUUCUCUUCACGAGGCCAUGCCAGACUUUGUGGAGGAGAAGAAAAUUAAUGUCCCCAAGCUGCACUCCAUGUUCAACCACAUAAAUGAGCUCAUCCAAUUACAGAAUAUAGCUCCGCCUCUGGAUGCCAAUAUGGACCUUGUACAUCUCCUGACGCUCUCCCUUGAUUUAUAUUACACGGAGGAUGAAAUGUAUGAGCUAUCGUAUGCGCGGGAGCCAAGAAAUCAUCGGGCACCACCUGUCACACCGUCCAAGCCUCCCGUUGUUGCAGACUGGGCAUCCGGUGUUUCUCCUAAGCCAGACCCAAAAACCAUCAGCAAACACGUGCAGAGGAUGGUAGAUUCUGUAUUUAAAAAUUACGAUCUGGACCAAGAUGGAUAUAUAUCCCAAGACGAAUUUGAGAAGAUCGCCACCAGCUUCCCAUUCUCAUUCUGCGUCAUGGAUAAGGACAGGGAGGGUCAGAUCAGCAGACAAGAGAUCACGGCCUAUUUCAUGCGAGCCAGCUCCAUAUGUUCCAAACUUGGUUUAGGCUUCCUCCAUAACUUCCAGGAGACCACCUACCUGCGCCCCACCUUUUGUGACAACUGUGCUGGAUUUCUGUGGGGUGUGAUCAAGCAAGGAUACCGCUGCAAAGACUGCGGGAUGAACUGCCACAAACAGUGUAAAGAGCUGGUGGUGUUUGAAUGUAAGAAAAGGUCUAAAUGCGCCAUGGGGGACAGCAGUCUAUCUCCCGACUCUGGACACAACGAUGUCUUCUUAGCAGGCAGCAAAGAGACAACAAAUGACUACUUAGCUGACGAGGACCCAUUUAGUUACACGAAUGGAGAAGAAAAUGAACAUACGGCGAUCAGCAAAGACAGAACUAUCAUGUUGAUGGGCAGCUCGGCACAGAAGAUCUCUGUACGGUUACAGACCGCAGUCAGACACCGCAGCACACAGACAGAUGGCAGCCCUCCAAGUCCUGCUUUACAGAUACCCUCCCCGCACCACAGCCGCAGCCCAUCACCCUGCCCCAGUCCCAUUCUAAUCAGACGGCGGGCGUAUGCCAGGUGGGAGAAUAAGGACUCCAUACGCAAAGCAAGAGAGGAGAGACGGGGCAUUAAACCCCCAUCACAAGAGCUGGAAAAGGAAAGAUCAUUCCUGAAGGAGGAGAACACAAAUCUACGGAUCCAGCUUAAAGAUGCUCAGAGACGAAUUGAAGCUUUGCGUGCAGAACUCAGAAAGUAUGUUUUGGACAGUGAGCCCGUUGGGAAGGGAUCAUAGCAGUAGGACCUGCUGGAUCUUUUUCCAUGCCACGGAUUGUAUACAAAGCAGCCACUGCUGCCAUACAGGAUGAUGGACACACUUGCAGGAUUCCUGCCACUGGAGUACAGUGUGAUAAAUCCAUGUUACUGAUCUGUGUCUAUCCGUUGCACAGCAGGACCCACUGGUGGUUGUGCAAAGUUACACAUACACACAGUAUUCACAGUGCUACCCUGAAGGGUACUUGAUAAAUGCACCAGUUGUCAGGCUCUAUCACACGUCGUCGUUUAGAGAGCCUCCCACAUAAUUAUUUAUUGUGCAUAGAUUCGGGGUGUUGAUCAGCUCGAGAGGGUGUGUAACAGUGUUUCGUCUGCUCUACUUGGACAAACAUAAUGUGUCUCUUUAGAUAUCUGUGCACACUGUAUGUUGUGUUUUGUUACCCUGCCCUGUUGGCAGCGUUUGAUGAAGGGUGGCACCUAACACACCUACAGAACUUCUGCCACGGUGCGCACACUUCAUAUCUGCAUCUCAGAACUGGCAGCUGAACAAAGCAGCUCUGUGCAUUUCGGGCGUUGCGCCCCAGCUCGUCUUCAGCAGCUGCAGAUCACAAUAGCUAAAACGUAUUAGAUCUGGGUGACGGGUGUAUAAUGAUAUAAUGAACAGCGUGCUGCAGCAAGAACACAUUCCUGGAAACAAAUUAGUCUAAUGUAACACGGAAGAUGAUUCAGUGUGAGCAGGACCACGGUAUCCUUAUUUAGUAAUCACUGUAAAAAAUAUAUAUUUUAUUACAUUGUAGAAUAUUGGAUCCAAUUAAACAUUGCAGUAUUUGUCAUGUAA